AUGAAAGGCCUGUUUCCGACCGCGCAGUUGGGUGCGCAUUACCUCAACGCCAACAAUAAUAACAACCACCACAACAACCACAUCCGACACGUUCCAGGGCACACCCCCAGCAGGCAUCACAACAACAACCAAGACAUCGUCAUGCUGUGCUCCAAGUGUGGAGAAAGCAUCGAACCCUCCGGCAUGACUUCCAGGACUUGGCUGGCUGUCACCACCAAUUGCAUAUGCAUACUACUCAUGUAUGGGGCUGCCUACGUCGUAAAGGACCUCGAGCACGACUACCGCUCUGCUGUAUCCUCCGCGGCCGGCACUGCCAUCAAGAAACCUAUCCUCAUCAGCCUUGCUGUCUUCCUCUUCUGUGCCGUCAGCCAUCUUGUUAUUGCACAUGACAUUGUGGGCAUGUCACUGCGCCGUAUGCUAUUCUGGGGCACCAACGUGGGAGCCGCCGGAGCUGCAUCCGCAAUCAUCUUAUGUACCAUAUGCUUUCCCCAUCUCCGCGCGGGACGCUGGCUGAUGGCGAUGCACUUUGCCAUGUGGGGAUGGACUGUUGCUCUGUCUGCCGUGUACGUGUUCGAGGCCCUUCGUCUCCACCGCAUGCCGAAGAAAGAGUCCGAGUGCACGGAAGCUCGGAAUGAAAAGGCUGCUUUUGUCAUGACAGAGUAG